AUGGCAGCAAUUUUUCAAGUUUCAAGUUUCUCAUGUUCUUCAUCUUCUUCACGAUGUCUACGCAGCGGGACUGAAGCAACGCUCCAGGCCCCCAAACUCCGGUCAAAUAGACUCAUACUCCCAAGGCUCCUCCCCACAAGAGAUUUGGUGGAGGAAUUGAACAUGAGAAGUGGAUACAACAACACAACCACCACCACCAAACCCAUAACAGAAUCAAAGCCUACUAACACCACUAAAGAUAUUGAUCGGCUAAAUUCCAAUUCCAAUUCCAAGGUGGUAGCCGAGCUUUACACCGUUAUGGAAGCAGCCGCCGACAGAGCAGAGAUGCACGCCAACAUCGGAGAGCAGAGGAAUAACUGGAAUCACCUCCUCCUCACGUCCAUUAACGCCAUCACCCUCACCGCUGCAACCAUGGUUGGCCUGGCAGCCAUCGCCUGUGGAACGGGAGCACCUCUUCUAGCACUCAAGCUCUCCUCCACCCUCUUAUACUCAGCAGCCACUGGGAUGUUGGUGGUGAUGAAUAAGAUCCAGCCCUCCCAGCUUGCUGAAGAGCAACGAAACGCAGCGAGGCUGUUCAAACAGCUCGAAAGAGAAAUUCAAACAACACUUGCAAUCGGAACUCCCACAACAAGGGAUGUGAAGGAUGGCAUGGACAAGGUCUUGGCUCUCGACAGGGCCUACCCUCUUCCCUUGCUUGGAACAAUGCUUGACAAGUUCCCUGCGACGGUAGAGCCUGCAAAUUGGUGGCCACAACAACUACAACAGAAGGAUCUCGGUGAUGGUAAUAGCAGAGAAAGGAAGGGAAACAACGGAUGGAAUGCGAAGCUGGAGGAGGAAAUGAGACAAAUAGUUGGGGUGUUGAAGAGGAAGGACACCGAAGAGUAUGUGAGGCUGAGUAAGUUGGCGUUGAAAGUUAAUAAGACCCUAGCUGUUUCUGGGCCUCUACUUACUGGCAUUGCGGCGGUGGGGUCUGCUCUUGUAGGAUCAGCUUCUCAGCAUCAAGGGUCAUGGGCAAUGUUUUUGGGAGUCACUGCAGGAGCUCUGGGAGCCAUUGUGAACACAAUGGAGCAUGGUGGGCAAGUAGGGAUGGUAUUUGAGAUGUACAGGAGCAAUGCUGGUUUCUUUCGACUCAUGGAGGAGUCCAUUGUGGCCAACUUGAAGGAAAGGGAGGAGAAGAAGAGAGAGAAUGGGGAGUUAUUUGAAAUGAAGGUGGCUCUACAACUAGGAAGGAGUUUGUCGGAGCUCAGGGAUCUCGCAGCUUCUUCUUCUUCUUUGAAAAGAUAUGGAGAGACCAUAGACGAAUUUGCCAGCAAGCUUUUCUAAAUUUGUCGAUAAAUAUCCCAUACACCAUGUUUAGUGUAAAUCUUGUACA